UCGUCCGUCCGCUCACCCGGGAGAGCUCAGAAAACCUUCGAGAGCAUACAUCUCCUGAGCCCCUGCCCGCGGUGAGGCGCCGGACGGCCGGGCCGGCGUCUACACCAGCCACAAUGGCGGGCUCCAAAGACGCGAGGAGCCCCCUCCUCAUUCUCUUCUACGUCCUCGCCGUCGCCGCCACGGUGGCAGUGGCGCAGGCAACGAACGUCACCUCCGAUGAGGAGUACUGGGCGAAGCGCGCCGAGGAAGCCCGCGCGUACAACAGCGCCGCCUUCGUUAGUGACCCCAUCUCCACCAUGAACCGCUUCAACAAGGACGUGCUGAGGGCCACGACGCGCCGCUCGCUGGCGAAGUACAAGGGUCCGUGCAUGGCGAUCAACCCCAUCGACCGGUGCUGGCGCUGCCGCGACGACUGGGCCAAGGAUCGCAAGCGGCUCGUGCAGUGCGCGCGGGGGUUCGGGCACAAGACCGUCGGCGGCGUGGACGGUAAGUUCUACGUGGUGACGGACGCGAGCGACGACGAGAUGAUCAUCCCCAAGAAGGGCACGCUCCGGUACGGCAUCAUUCAGGACCGGCCGCUGUGGAUCGUCUUCGCGCGCGACAUGGUCAUCCAGCUCCGGCAGGAGCUCAUCGUGAACCGCAACAAGACCAUCGACGGGCGCGGCGCGCAGGUGCACAUCGUCGGCGCGCAGAUCACGGUCCAGAACGUGGAGCACGUCAUCAUCCACAACGUCCACAUCCACCACGCCGUGCAACACAGCGGCGGCAUGAUCCGCGACUCCAAGCACCACUACGGCCAGCGGUCCCGGAGCGACGGCGACGGCAUCUCCAUCAUGGCCUCCAGCAACAUCUGGAUCGACCACGUCUCCAUGUACAACUGCUCCGAUGGGCUCAUCGACGUCGUCAACGGGUCCACCGCCAUCACCAUCUCCAACGGCCACUUCACCAAGCACGAUCACGUGAUGCUGUUCGGGGCAAGCAACUCGAACCCGCAGGACAAGAUCAUGCAGAUCACCGUCGCCUUCAACCACUUCGGGAAAGGGCUCGUGCAGAGGAUGCCAAGGUGCCGGUUCGGGUUCUUCCACGUGGUGAACAACGACUACACGCACUGGAUCAUGUACGCCAUCGGCGGGAACAAGAACCCGACCAUCAUCAGCCAGGGCAACCGGUUCAUCGCCCCCGACGACGUCAACGCCAAGGAGGUGACGAAGCGGGAGUACACGCCGUACAGCGAGUAUAAGGAGUGGGUGUGGAAGUCGCAGGGCGACGUGAUGAUGAACGGCGCCUUCUUCAACGAGUCCGGCGGCCAGAACGAGCGCAAGUACGACCAGCUCGACUUCAUCCCUGCCAAGCACGGCCGAUACGUCGGGCAGCUCACGCAGUUCGCCGGCACGCUCAAGUGCCUCGUCGGCAAGCCGUGCUAG